CAGUCGGUGGUCGGCGCCGUGUGGGGUGGGAUGUCCCGGUCCGCGGCUGUGCGGGGAGCGAUCGCGAUGGCUCGGCUGCCGCUCCUCCUGUGCGCCGCAUCGGGGUUGCUGCUGGCAGCGGUCGCGGCCAUCCCCCCGCCCGAGGAGGCGGCGCGCAUGGCGCGCUACGUCCUGCACAGCUGCGACUGGGGCGCGCUGGCCACGCUGUCGGCACAGGAGGGGCUGCGCGGCCGCCCCUUCGCCAACAUCUUCUCCCUCAGCGACGGCCCGCCCGGGCCCUGCGGCGGCAGCGGCGUCCCCUAUCUGUACCUGACCGACAUGGAGAUCUCCGUGCAGGACCUGGAGGUCAAUUCAAAUGCCUCUUUGACUGUAUCCUUGGCACAGACUCCUUACUGCAGGAAGCACAGAUAUGAUCCACAGAACCCCCUCUGUGCCCACAUAAUCUUCGUUGGGAGCAUUGUAAAGGUGAAUGAUACAGAAGCAGGCUUAGCAAAAAAAGCAUUAUUCAGUCGCCACCCUGAAAUGGAAAGUUGGCCCAAGGAUCAUAAUUGGUUCUUUGCCAAAUUCAACAUCACCAAUAUUUGGGUCCUGGACUACUUUGGUGGAUUGAAAAUUGUGACACCAGAAGAGUACUACAGUGCCAAGCCUUAGUGGAAGAAGACCCUUGGUGAUGCUGAUAUGGAAAUGAAUUACUUUGGCUGUUUCAUGAAACAUUUGUUUUUUCUAUGUAAUGUAGAGCUGAAAUAAUAAUACAAUAAAUCAAACACCUUGCAUUGUUAAUGAGCAUGUAUUAUACCCUUAUGAAGCAGAUUGAACUUCUCACUAACUUGAAUCACGUCACUGAAAAACUUUUGUGCAUAAGCAAUAACUAAAUUUUAUUCACUAGAUGCGAAUUUGACAUGGUGCAUUCAGAAAUGUUGUGUUUACUGGAAUCUAAAGGAUUAGUCCAGUUCUAAAGCUUUCAGUGCCUUAGUUAAAUAAUGUUUCUGAGCACUUUCCAAUUUAUUUUAUUUUUAAUACCAGUUUAGUUUAGAAUUUUAUGGUGAAGUCCUACAGGAUGGCUCAGCUGAUGAAAUGGAAAGCAGUGCCUGUAUUACAGUGGCAAAUGAUGUGCUGAGUUCCCAAAUCCUGUUAAGAAUUUUCUUUGCAUGCUGAUAAACUCACUUGUUUGAGCCACUUUUCUGUUUUAUUGAAUGUGCUGUCGAAUACAGUUGUGUUCAUGCCAGCUGUACCUAUAACUCAGGAUAAGUUCUUGGUAAUUCCUCAGCUGAUUAUGUGCCCUGACUCUGUAAUAGAAGCAGAUCACUAGUACCUAAAAUAUCUGACUUAAGAAGACUGGUGUCUUGUAAAUUCAGUGAGAAUUUACAAUGCUGUAAAGGAUAAAUGUUUUCUAAUUGAGAUUCUGAAAUACUCAGCUUUAUUAGAGUGGUCAAAUGGCAAUUUAUCAGCUUUUAUUACCCUCAACAGCAGAACUGAGCAGAUUUUGGGGUCUGGAAGCCUUACACAGCAAUUUUGGAUGAGUAAACCCAGAAGUGAAAAAGAAGCAAUACAGUAUGACAUAAGUGUUUAAUGAUUUGUAGAGACUGAAAAUUAAUGAAAGGUGUGCUUAACUAAUUCUGUGUUAAAGUAAGUUGCACCCAACCACAAAAACCCACCUUUUUAAUAUCCUCUCCUGUGUGCUAAGUUCACAAACACUAAAAAAUGUUUAUGAAGGACUAGGUUGAUUUUACAGUGAGCAAAUGUUACCUAGUUGACACAGAGUAAAGAAUUUAGACUCCCUAGAGGAGGUUGAUAUAUAGAACAGUGGGAUUUGUCAUGUAAAAUUGCUGUGUCUUAAUGUUGCUGUUAUAUCACUCCUUUUCUCAAGUACUGGGAUGAUUUGUGGAAGUAUAUUUUAUGUAACUUAUUAAGAGUAUUUUCUUCACAAGGGGAAGGAAGGUACUUGGUAUUGUUCUGUUCUACUAUUUUAAAACUAAUUUAGGAUCAAAAAAACUUAUAGUAUAGAAACAAUUUAUGUUGAAUAGGUGACAUUGAUAUUUAAUGUGAAAUUGAAAAAUAUUUUUAUAUAAGGUAUUACAGUUGUGAAAACUCAAAUGCAUCUCUGUUAUGGACUCAGUCCUUUCUGUGAGGACACUUGAAUGCAUUACUUAAAACCCUGUAACUUUUGAUGUGUGAGACUGAUGAUGCUGGGCUUUUUUUAAAAAUUAAAAUAUUUUUUUGACAA